CACACAUUCACAAACAAACCGCGACCUUCACUUUUCCAACCAAACAAUCAAUCACCUUUGUCUUAAGAAUAUAUCAACUCUCUCCGCCAACAAUCAAAAUGCAGUUCUCUAUUACCACCAUCCUCGCCUUCGCUGCCACCGCUGCCUUCGCUGCUCCCCUCGAAGAGCGCCAGGUCGGCCUCUGCUCCUCGGGCAACCCCGUCUGCUGCGCAACUGACGUCCUGGACCUCGCCGAUUUGGACUGCGCUCCUCCUCGCGUCACCCCCGCUGGCGUCAACGAGUUCAUCGAUGGCUGCGCUGCACAGGGCCAGCAGGCCAAGUGCUGUCUGAUCCCCAUUCUCGGUCAAGCGCUUAUCUGCUCGGAUGUUAACCCUGCUCCUGCUGCCUAAGCGCGGAGUUCCUCAGAACCCGCGAGUAAUGUAUAGUACCUGAUUGCGGUGUUUGUUGGGUAGCUUUUGGAAGUUG